ACUUCUAUUCGCCGCAUACAAAUAAUCGCAUCGGAUUUUAAGGCGCUGCCCUUUACAUAAAUUCAAAUAUUAACAAGAUUUCAAGUAGAGAGAGAGCGGAGUAACGCUUUGAAGCGAGCCAGUAUCGUCAGUUCUAAUGCAUCUGCCGCAGCACGCUGUCCACAGAUUAGACUCAGUAAAAGUUGGAUGAGUUCGAGUACUUGGCCAGUAUAACAAAUAAUCUCGUUAGUAAGAGAAAGAGAGAAAAAGAGAGAGCACCAUCGAAUCGAACAACGCAGUGCUGACGUUGGCAAGAUUGUUUUGAUUAACACGCUACCGAGUGUGUCUUCACAUUUUCUCAUUCAUGAGUCUUAUACGAGGAUUUUGCAGGAUGUCUCAGCCCAUAACAUUCGUAACGGGAAAUGCGAAAAAACUUGAAGAGUUUGUCGCUAUAAUGGGCCAAAAUUUUCCCCAAGAAGUGAUAAGUAGGAAUAUUGAUUUGCCGGAGUAUCAGGGUGAAAUCGACCUGAUAUGCGAAAAAAAAGCAAGAACGGCAUUUGAUAUAAUUGGAGGACCAGUCAUAAUUGAAGACACUUGUUUGUGUUUUGAUGCUCUUCAAGGUCUCCCAGGACCUUAUAUCAAAUGGUUCUUAGAUAAACUUGGACCCGAAAAAUUGCAUCGCAUGCUCGUAGGAUUUGAAGAUAAAGGCGCCGAAGCUAUUUGUACAUUUGCGUAUUGUAAAGAUAAAAAGGAUGAUGUUAUAUUAUUCCAAGGAAAAACAAGAGGAACAAUUGUUCCACCUAGCGCAAAAGCAGAUGCAUUUGGUUGGGAUCCAAUUUUUCUUCCAGAAGGUUAUGAUAAGACUUACGCCGAAUUGCCAAAAACAGUGAAAAAUCAAAUUUCGCAUAGAAGUAGAGCCUUAGCAGAAUUGAAAAAAUAUUUUUUAAAAGGAAAAAAUAAUAAUGCAUGAAAUAAAAAAUUCUACUAGGGCAUUAAUGACAAAUUAAUUUUGACUUUACUAUUGUUGGGGAAUUAGUAAAUUUUAACUUAUUUGAUUUUAAAUUUUAAUUAUACCUAAAAAAAGUUUUAAGUAGAAAUUUCUAGGUCAUUGAAAGUGACUUACUUAUGCGAGAGAAAAACAAAUUUGAAUCUUUUCAACAAUCUUUUUUAUCUCAUUUAUUCAAGAAAAUUAAAGACCUAUUGAAAUCAAAAAUUCAAUGUGUCUGCUGUCUUGUGUAUUUUAGUAAAAUAGUAAAUUCGUGGAAACAAGACAAUUGUAUAACCCGUGUAUUUUACGCUUUAUUUGGUAUUUUUACUCAAAGUUAAGAGAAUAUCUUUCAGAAUACUCAAUAAACCGAAUAGAACCUUGAAUAUUAUAUUUUUUUACGAAAUAAUGAGUAAAAUAUCAUUAACCAACGCUUAGCGGAAUUUAAAAGAAUAAAGUAACAAUUAAAUUGUUCUUGUACAUGUGGGAGUAUGUGUCAUAAACAAGGAACUUAUGUAGAAAAUUGCAUAUACACGUAUAUGUUUAAAUGAAUUUAUAUGUAAAGUGAUCGUAAUAGACUGUUUAAGAAGUUAUAAUGAAUGGAAAUAUUUUGACUUUUUUAAAUUUAAAAAGGCAUGGAUAGUUUAAUCUUGUCAAUGUGAAGAUAAUUUAUUAUGUAUCUUGAUGUAAUUUUUGGGCCUUUUAAUUUAAAAAUAAAUAAUAAAUACUAAAUUGGAA